AUGGCGCCAUCACCACGGAGCACAGCUAACGGUAGCUACGGCAAGGCUGAGGACCGAGAGAGACAUGACUAUCGUCGAUCAUCCGGGGAGCCUCAACAACAUCCUGAUUCUGAGGAAGCAGAGAAGAGCCUCUCCACAUCAGAACACCUCAUUAAACACCAGCUAACACUUACAGGGAAGAAACCGCUCCGCUGCUCUGAAUGUGGGAAGAGUUAUUCAAGAUCAGAUUCACUAAAAUUACACCUGAGAAUUCACACAGGUGAGAAGCUUUUCAACUGUGAUCAAUGUGGGAAGAGAUGCACCUCUUCGUCAGAACUUAAAAUACACCAGAGAAUCCACACAGGAGAGAAACCUUAUCGCUGCUCACAGUGUGGCAUGACUUUCUCCAGAUCACAUUCAUUGAAAUCACACCUGAGAAUUCAUACAGGAGAGAAAACCUAUGGCUGUGAUCAAUGUGGGAAGAGUUUUGCUACCUCAGCUAACCUGACUGCACACCAGAGAAUACACACGGGAGAGAAGCAUUACCACUGCUCUGACUGUGGAAUAAACUUAACCACGUCAAGAGGACUAUUACUACACCAGAGAACACACACAGGAGAGCAGCCUUAUAGCUGUUAUCAAUGUGGGAAGAGUUUUGCUCAGUCAAAUAACCUGAUAUCACACCAGAGAACUCACACAGGAGAGCAGCCUUAUAGCUGUGAUCAGUGUGGGAAGAGUUUUACUCAGUCAAAUAACCUGAUAUCACACCAGAGAACUCACACAGGACAGAAGCCCUAUAGCUGUGAUCAGUGUGGGAAGAGUUUUACUCAGUCAACCAACCUUAAAUCCCACCAGAGAACUCACACUGGAGAGAAGCCUUAUAGCUGUGAUCAAUGUGAGAAGAGAUACUCUGAUUUAAGAGAUCUGAUUAAACAUCAGAAAAUGCACACAGUAGAUCCACAGAGAAUGGUAUGUCCAACACCAGACCUGGGUAGUAGAACACAGAGAGUGGAAUGUCCUCCAACACCAGACCUGGGUAGUAGAACACAGAGAGUGGAAUGACCUCCAACAACAGACCUGGGUAGUAGAACACAGAGAGCGGAAUGAAUUCCAACACCAGACCUGGGUAGUAGAACACAGAGAGUGGAAUGUCCAAUACCAGACCUGGGUAGUAGAACACAGAGAGUGGAAUGACCUCCAACACCAGACCUGGGUAGUAGAACACAGAGAGUGGAAUGUCCAACACCAGACAUGGGUAGUAGAACACAGAGAGUGGAAUGUCCAACACCAGACCUGGGUAGUAGAACACAGAGAGUGGAAUGUCCAACACCAGACAUGGGUAGUAGAACACAGAGAGUGGAAUAUCCAACACCAGACCUGGGUAGUAGAACACAGAGAGUGGAAUAUCCAACACCAGACCUGGGUAGUAGAACACAGAGUGUGGAAUGUCCAACACCAGACCUGGGUAGUAGAACACAGAGUGUGGAACAACCUCCAACAACAGACCUGGGUAGUAGAACACAGAGUGUGGAAUGUCCAACACCAGACCUGGGUAGUAGAACACAGAGUGUGGAAUGUCCAACAACAGACCUGGGUAUUAGAACACAGAGCGUUGGCUCGGGUUAGUUGAGAAAUGUGUGUUUGGGGGGAGGGGGUUGGUACCAAUGAUUUAUAUAUAUACACACUAGAUGAGAGGAAUGGGGUGCUGUUUUGAAGCCAUUGCGCCUCCAUUUUGGUACUCCACCACCAUUCUAAAAACUAUUUAGGAAGCUAUAGAAAUUUAUUUAUUCAUGUCUACAUUUGUUGUAUUCUAUCACAGACAACUUCACGCAAACUUUAAAAUGAUAUUAUGUGAACUAAACACAGAGGACUAAUUGAUCUAAAUUGGGGAAGAGAGAUGAGAAACAGAGUGAGAUGUCGGACUCUAAGACGCAUGGAACACAUUUUGGCAUGAACAUUGAGGGUUUCCACCAUUAAAAAGCAGUCAACUGGGUGGGACUUUCCUAUUGGUUAAGGAGGUAUCACAUGAUGCCAUCCAGGUCAUCAACUGGGUGGGACUUUCCUAUUGGUUAAGGAGGUAUCACAUGAUUCCAUCCUGGUCAUCAACUGGGUGGGACUUUCCUAUUGGUUAAGGAAGUAUCACAUGAUUCC